AUGCUCCUGGACGCCGGCCCCCAGUAUCCCGCGAUCGGUGUGACCACCUUUGGCGCAUCCCGGCACCACUCGGCGGGCGACGUGGCCGAGCGAGACGUGGGCCUGGGUAUCAACCCGUUCGCCGACGGCAUGGGCGCCUUCAAGCUCAACCCCAGUUCGCACGAACUGGCCUCGGCGGGCCAGACAGCCUUCACGUCGCAGGCGCCCGGCUACGCCGCUGCUGCGGCCCUGGGCCACCAUCACCACCCGGGCCACGUCGGCUCCUACUCCAGCGCAGCUUUCAAUUCCACGCGGGACUUUCUGUUCCGCAACCGGGGCUUCGGCGACGCGGCGGCGGCAGCUAGCGCCCAGCACAGUCUCUUCGCUGCUUCGGCCGGCGGCUUCGGGGGCCCACACGGCCAUACGGACGCCGCGGGCCACCUCCUUUUCUCUGGGCUUCACGAGCAGGCGGCGGGCCACGCAUCGCCCAACGUGGUCAACGGGCAGAUGCGGCUAGGCUUCUCCGGGGACAUGUACCCGCGGCCGGAGCAGUACGGCCAGGUGACCAGCCCGCGAUCCGAGCACUAUGCCGCACCUCAGCUUCACGGCUACGGGCCCAUGAACGUGAACAUGGCUGCGCACCACGGCGCUGGCGCCUUCUUCCGCUAUAUGCGCCAACCCAUCAAGCAAGAGCUCAUCUGUAAAUGGAUCGAGCCGGAGCAGCUGGCCAACCCCAAAAAGUCGUGCAACAAAACUUUCAGCACCAUGCACGAGCUGGUCACGCACGUCACCGUGGAGCACGUCGGCGGCCCAGAGCAGAGCAACCACAUCUGCUUCUGGGAGGAGUGUCCACGCGAGGGCAAGCCCUUCAAAGCCAAAUACAAACUGGUCAACCACAUCCGCGUGCACACCGGCGAAAAGCCCUUUCCCUGCCCGUUCCCUGGCUGCGGCAAGGUUUUCGCGCGUUCAGAGAACCUCAAGAUCCACAAAAGGACGCACACAGGGGAGAAGCCCUUCAAGUGCGAGUUCGAGGGCUGCGACCGGCGCUUCGCCAACAGCAGCGACCGCAAGAAGCACAUGCAUGUGCACACGAGCGACAAGCCCUACCUUUGCAAGAUGUGCGAUAAGUCCUACACGCACCCCAGCUCUCUGCGCAAACACAUGAAGGUCCACGAGUCCUCUUCUCAGGGCUCACAGCCUUCGCCCGCCGCCAGCUCCGGGUACGAGUCGUCCACGCCACCCACCAUCGUGUCUCCCACCACAGACAACCCGACCACCAGCUCCAUGUCGCCCUCCUCCUCCGCGGUCCACCACACAGCCGGCCACAGCGCGCUCUCUUCCAAUUUUAACGAAUGGUACGUUUAAAAUCAGAAACAAAACAUGCCAAACCCUAUUUAAGAGACUGAACACAC